CACAUUUGGUGCCAAGUUCACAAAGAUACAGGAGUGUUUAUAAGUGCCUGAUAUCCCAUGGUAUCCAAAUCGACUUUUACAUUAGCUCAGUUCGGUGGCAGAGUUGAGGCGUGUUGGCUUGUCACUUGUGUCACAGAGGUAUCCAGAGUGACAGUACCUUCCGACUCAGUCUACACAGGAAUUCAUCAGUGCCUGUAAGUGCAGGGUGUCAUAAAUGUGUCCCACGUGAGAAACGUAUGGGACCGAUUCGUGAUAUCCGGGACGAUUCCUAUAAUGACUUUGUUCUGCUGUGCCUCUGCCGACCACUUGUCCAGUGUGUGGCGGUCCAUUACUGCUCAUCUGACCACUGUACCGCCGUGUAAAGACGGACACUCUUGCUAAUACCAACUCUUUCCUGGCCAUCGUUCACCAUCAGCCGGCGGCUAAAAGCUUUCCUAAUUGUUUUUGCGCCGCACUGCUUUUGAUAUUCAAUUUGACAAUAUUGGUUUGUCAAUCAGUUCGGGCGCGGAAAGCCUCUAUCGUCUGUAGACGCAAAUUGAAAAUUUAAUACCGUUCCAACCAUUUACCGAGAGGAAGGAAUUAUAAAUAUAUCUAAUGACUCAUUUAGGCUUCAUACGCAUUUGCUGUUUUCGCGCAAUUGAUUGAAAAUCAGAAAUCAAUAUAAUGUGUUUUAGUUUGUGCUGGAUUUUUCUCCGAAUUACAUCGUCUGUGACCGUAGGACGAAUCUCCGGGCUUGCCCUCACUUUCUCGACACCCUGAUCUCAGGGACGCCGCACAGAUUGCCACUCAUACACCAGGCUGACUCCUGACGUCGUUCUGAGAAUUAUACGCUUCAACUAGUACGCACCGGAAGUGCCAAACAGAAGCCACCGGAUGUGAGAUGUCCGCAAUAUGUGGUUUGGUACAUUUGUGAUAACCUUGACCUCUCUCGUGGUCACAACAUGUUCUGUGCUGUACCGGUACGAGCUUCGGGGCUACUCGGAAGAGGACAAGACCUGCUGCAACGGUACGCUGGCCUUUGCCACAAACAUGACGCACCUGCCGUGUUCCAAUAUGCGUUGCUGUGACCGGGCGGAGAUGGUCGCCGUAGUACCAGUCAACUAUGCCCUCGGCUUCGGCUUCCGGUGUUUGCCGAGGACCAAAAUAUCAACAAGAUGUAUCCACCAUGGGCAGACCGUAGUCUCGUCCAACGAGACUUUCGUGACGUAUGAACCCCGUGUUUGCUGUGAGGGCACGAAAUUUAACGUUCUCAUCAACAAGAAUGACGUGGCACUCACGAUCAAAUGUAUGAUGCGGAGGUGACGUACAUGCGCAUUCAUAGGAUACUGCUCAUACGACAAUGAUUUGAGGAUACGACAUAUUUCCACCUUCAAAAUCAAGUCAAUCGUGUAAAGUCGAUAUGAGAAAGGCAGACCAUGCUGACACGUCUUAAGCGUUGACACAAUCUGUUGAUGUCCUUUUGUUUAAGUCUAAGAUUUCUAAAUAUGUCUAUUGCUACAAUUGUUGUGUGAUGAAUCCGUCGACAUCACCGUGUCUAGGAAUAUUUACAGUAUCCAAACAACGUCAGGUUUUCUUUCUUGUACAACCGUAAAAACGUUUAUUGCCACCAGGCUUAAAAUUUAUUAACCUUACCAAGCAUCAUAUUGAAGAACAAACUAUGCCAUGGACAACUUCAGGGCAUACCUCAUUUUGGAAACUUCAGACAGACGUGUAACGGUAUCACCGAUAUAAAUAACUGGACAUCGGGUUCCACAGUGUGUUUCAGCACGGCAAAACUACAGUCAUUGGUGUGAUAAAAUGUUAUCUGUGCAUGCUAUGAGAUCCAUCUACUAAGAAUAGAACCCCAAACGAUUGAACUACUUUAUCAUGCUAUAUCAACAGGCAGUAUUGAGUAUACAAAUUCUGACUGUUUUCUUCCCAGCAUUAUUUGUGUCUGAUUACGAUAUUUCAUCCACUGCCACUUUUUUCAAUGCUUUGAUUCCUUAAAUACUCAACGCCCGAAGGCAAAUUCACUUGAAUUUAAUUUGCCUACCUUUGGAAAAGGAUUACGAACCGAUCGACGGCGGAGACAUCAGCGGCGGUAGGUGACGUUGCAUUAUUGACUCUAUGGGUCUGGAGUAUUACAAUAAAUCCUCUCCAAUCAAUUAAGUGUCAGCGCCCCCUAUUCGUCCGGACGUUACGACGGGGUGGUCUGGGCCCCCAUCGACCACGUGGCGAGGAUAUAUCGAUACAAUUAUACAACACAGACACUUUGGGUGACAUCCCAAGGCCAGAUCUGCUCCGCGCCGGUCUCGUCCCCAGUAGUAGUGUUUCAUUCAAGGGUCAGCAGUAGACAAACAUUGGCCAUUUUGUCAAUAUCGACAAAGGAUUAUACCAGUUUCUUAUUGGUGCUUCCUGCUCUGUGGGUUCCUAAAUGUGGAAAUUUCAGUAAUUUAUUUCUUUAUAGGACAAUUUACCUAAAUGAUUUUAUCUCGGAUCAAAUAAUGUAAUUUUGUUGUCCUCUAGCUCGACAUUAAUGUGACUCUUGCUAUACAGGACUUCACUAUAAAACACGGUCAUUGUUUUAUAAACCUAAUUUAGGCUUAAGUCAACCCCUACCACAAUAAAGAGGCACGUUCAUACAUAACGGUUUAAACCGGAAUGCUUCGCCGGAUAUUGUCCUCGUCUUUCUUAGGAGUAACGAAUGAAGUACUCCGAACGAGGACAGAUUGUACUCCUCAAAAUCAAUAGCAUAUAGUGAUAUACAAAUAAAAUGUGUGACA